UAUAUCUUCUCCCCAUAUCAAGUCACAAUGGGAAGGAAACGAGGAAGAGAUGAGUCCGUCUGCCACGGGUGUUGCCACAAAGCAAUCCCUGUCGCGCAAUGGGGGAGACCUCCAAGAAACUGGAGUAGAAAUGAUGAAAGAAACGAACCCAUCAUCAUGGAUGCUGCACCGCAUGCCUAACCGCAAACGCACAGCGAAGGUCAAAUCACGAAACAUCAAUGAAGUCAUCAAGUGUGCGAUUCCCACACUUGUGUUUCGUCUGUUCCGUGUUUUCUCUACUACAUCGUCAAGGCAUGUGUUCUAA